AUAGAAAUAAUAAUAGUCAAUCUGUUUUACCAGAGAGUGAUAUUUUUCCACUGCUCACUGGAAAGAACUUAAUAGAUAGUUAUCGUUUGACGAAUUCAGACAAUAGUGGUUUUACAUGGAAAAGGGAUAACUCCUUCGAACAAAGUAGAAUCGAUAUGAUAUGGAUACCACAAAAAUGGGGCAACAAAGUUGAAAGAUGCUACUUAGAUGAUUUGCAAUUGGUUACCGACAGUGACCACAAACUCCUGGGAAUAUCAAUUAAAAAAGUUUGGAGAAUAAAAGGAAACGAGGAAUUUCAUAUUAAUACAGGACCACAAUAUAAUAUGAAAUUAAUGGAUGAAGAAAAAUGGAAAAAAUUUUCAGAAUAUGUACAGAAGAAAAUUGAGAUGUCUACCCUCAUAAAUAGAAUGGAAAAGAACAGCAUAAAUUACAAUUCAUUAAAUAAGCUAUGGAAAACGCUUAAAAAUAUAAUGAUUGAAGCUGCUAACCAUGCAAUACCAAAAAAGAAAUUCAAAAAAUUCAAUAAAACCAUUAAUAAACAUGUACUAGAAAGUGUCAAAAAAGCUAAAUCUUGUAAUAAAUUGUUUCAUUUUGUGAGACAAGAAAGAGCCCAUUCAAUGGUAUAUAUUAAAUCACAAGAAAAAUUUAAAAAAGAAGUUCGUAAACUUUCCAUUUUAAAGUUUGGUAUUGAUAAAUUAAUACAAGAAAAUCCGUCCCGGGACGAAUUCUUGAAGACGAUUCGCGAACAAAGUCUUAAAUUUCAAGCAGCGGCAAGAGCAGAAAAAAGGUUAGAUACAACAAGACGUAUUCAGAAGGCC